AUGCAGACGCUUCAUUGCGACAGUGAUCUCACUCACGAUUUCACGGUCUCCCGGUCUCACUCCCAUUUUGGGGCGGCAGAUCCACGACCCCCUCCCACCACUCUGGACACCCGACGCCUAGCCCGACGCCGGUGUUCCCACCAGCGAACCCGAUGCGCAGCCGGGCUCAGCCCGGAGCUGGCCAUCAACUCGUUGGACACGGCGCUGUCCAGCGGGGAUGAGACCGUGAUCCUGGGCGCGCUCGACGCGGUGUCCUCCUUGAGCAUCGCUAGCGACGACCCUGCCGCCAAGGAAGAGGCAACCAACAAGAAGAUGGAGGCCUUGUCCUCUGCUGCGGGUGUCGUGGGUGCCUCCUCAGCAAGCCUCGCGCGCUUCGGCGACGUGGCCAGCAACCUGCUGAGCAGCGAGGCCGGCGCUGGCGGCGAGGCCUCGGCCACGGUGGCGGAUCAGGCGUCGGGCGCGCUGACGGCGGCGCUGGAUGCCGCGUCGGAAGGCGUGAACCCCGCCGCUGCCACCUCGCUCCUGGGCGCUGCCACCUCCGUCGGCGCCUCCUUCAACGCCGACAGCGGUGGCUCCAGCGUGGCGCAGGGCGCGCGCGCCUCGAAGCUGCGGGUCCUGUUCUCGAAAUUGGGCUCCGCAUUGCUACAACAAGUGCCCGCGGGGCAAGCCACACAGAUCUCAACAGUGGAAGGUGGCAAGGGCACGGAGAUUGCGGUGGCCAAGCAGGACACCACCACUGCGGUGGCCAAUGGUAUCUCCUCGGGCUCCGCCAAGAUCCCGGGCUCGGCGCUGGCGCGGCGACUGCAAGAGUGUAACACCAUCGCCGUGCAGUCGACGGAUUUUGUGGGGAGCAAUCCCUUCACAUACCUGACUCCAAGCCUUGGGCAGAAUCAGUACGUGGCGAACGGUGCCACGGUGACCACUCUGGAAAUCAAGCAAUGCGACAGUUUAAUCCAGAAACCAAACUUGGAUCCAGCAAUUGACAUGACCCUGCCGUUGAAUGCCGCCUUGGGUGAGCCACCGGUGGGCUAUGCCUGGGAACCCGUUUGCUUGAGAUUGGAUGAGACCUCGGAGGUGUUGACCGUGCAGGAGUGGACCACUGAUGGCAUGCUACGGCUGCUGCCACCCUCCUAUGGUUCCACCUCAAUGGAAUGUGCAGCCAGCGUGGGCGGUGGGAGCUAUGCAGCGAUCUACAUCCCCGUGAAGCUAGAAGAGACGGUCACCAGCACGACGGGCACGUCCACAAGGACAUUGGUGUCCACCAUUACCAGCACCACCACCACGGUGCUUCCCGUGGACAGCGGCAUGAUCAUCGGCGUCACCUUGGCCUCGCUGGCCCUCAUCGUGGUGGUCGGCGCCAUCGGCUGGCAGUGCUACGUGGGCAAUGUGAAGGUCUCAAAGCCAGAUCUCUCCUGUCAGCGCAUGCAGGAUGUUUUGGCCAAAUGGAAGUCCAGCAAGGUGGCUGUGGAGCCCCAGAGCGGCGAGCCCAAACCCGCCUGGGACCGCCCUGCGGAUGCCUCCAGCGCGGAGGGGAAGCAGGCGAGACAGGAUGCGCAGGACCAUUUCUGGGACUGGGCGAAUGACCUGGUGAAAUCCACCAGCAAGACCGAGCCUGCUGCUGCGGAGCCCCAACGCAGCGCGUCGGGUUCCUUCGGCGGAAAAGCACCUCACCUGCCACCGCGCUAUGCCAUGCCCAAGCCUUCAGCGGAGAAGCAGGAGUACUUCCAGAACUUUGCUCAAGAGCUCCGAGAGAUCGUCGCAGCAGGCAUCCCCAACAUGAUUGCAGACAACCAGCCAGCGGAGGACAUCAUCCCUCCGCCGCCUCCACCCAAGCGGCCCUCCCAAAGCGGUCCGCCCCAACCACCCAGGACGCCACCCACCUGGAUCCGGGAAACGGCGGCGCUCUCAGCGCUCCCUCCGCCCUUGGAGAAGGCCGAGAAGAUCGAGGUCCGCGUCGACCAAGCCUUCAACGACUGGGCCAACGACUUCGCCAUGGUCGUCGACCUGGCUGCGUCGCCCAGCGACGAAGGGACUGCACCCCCGCCACCGCCGCCCAAGCCGAAGGGCGUGCCGCCGGCCAAGGCGUUGGGCGCUCUACCGGCGCCACCCCCCCGGCCGCAGCUGGCGGAUCAACCGAAGGCUGCGCCGCCGGUGCCGCCCAUGGCGGCGUCGGGAUCGGCGUUGAGGAGCGCGGGGCAGGCGGCCUUGCCCAGCAUGCCGCCUGGCCCACCCCCUGCACCGUCCGGGUCCGGCGGUUCACACGAGCCGCUCUCUCCGCCCACUGUGAAAGCAUCACAGCUCUCCAUGGGUGUGCCAAAGCAGCCGCUGCUCCCACCGCUUCCAAAAGGCGCCUCUGGCGGAAGUGCGCUCACGGUGAGCGGUGCUCCCUCAGUCCAGUUGCCCGGUACCUUGGAUAGUGGUGAGGGCUCACCUACACCGCGUGCGGCGAAUUCAGAUCCGCCAGCAGAGUGA